GCUGAGAAAUCCAAGCUUCCUGUCCUCUCCAACUAUCAGUAGUGCCGCACACAGAGAAAACAGGCAGGCUAUGCCGCAUAUUCACUGGAACGGAAAGUGCGCGCGCUCAUCCUUAGAACUUUGAACUCCUCCACAGAACCAUCUUAGCCUAUUCUGUGCAAUAUAAAUGUCAUAUACGUAGGCCUAUUGUUUAAUGUUGUAGUUAAUGAGUUAUAGAGAGGGUUUAGUACGUUUAAAUUAUCGGUUAUGGCGAAGUGGUCGGUUUUACUCUUCUACCUCCUCCAAGGACUGGUUCAUCUCAUUACUGGGCAGCAGCAGCCGCCACGCGAACGAGUGGGGCCUUGGCGGCAGAGGAUUCAGUGGGAGAAUAACGGUAAGGUGUACAGUUUGAUGAGCACCGGGUCAGAGUAUCAACCACCGGCGCGGCCGAGAAGCCAGUCCAGAGUCUACAUGAGCACAGGGAGGGAUGGCACCGGUCAGACGCAGCCUGGAACGCGGGAAGGCACAAUGGCGCACAGAAGACCUGGACCAAUCGAAUCGAACGUAGGUGGACAUUUACGGGACCAAACCAACAACGUUCUAGAUCCUGGAUCUGUACAUAUAGGACAUGACAGUAGACAGUAUCUGGUACCCAAUGCUCGCCAGUCAGGGGCCAGGUCGCAGCCCGAGGUGCCAUACCGAGCGGGAGUGGCGGGGUCCCCUGGCGCACGGCGCUACUCCCCAGAGUACACUUACCGUGUAAACGCCUCGGUCCCUGGGCUGCUCCCCGAGUUCUCCGGUAGCGGGGUACCGAGGAGAGGAACCCCUGUCACUCAGGAUGUUACCUGGGAUGCUCGCUCGGGGCUUCCCGCCACUCCAUCCCGAGGCAGGGAGGCAGUGCCUGUACCGGGCGUAGAAUACCAAGAGAUGCGCGCGGAGCCCGGUGCAUCCAUCUCCAGACAACCCGCACUAACGGAUAAUUCCAACGCACGUUAUGUCAUUCCUAACCGAAGGGGUGCUCCUCCAGGACCCGGAUCCGUAAACCCUGCUGAGACAUCGAAUGAGGCAGCAAGUAACGGCGAGGACAUGGUCUCGGACGAUCCUCGGAACCCUUUUAAAAACCACCGGAAUUCCGUCUACUACAACACGUAUUCCUCCAGAGGCAGAACGCCCGUAGCACGCACGCGGCGGCCGCGUCCCCCGGCGUCCGUCCCAGGCACUGGAUACGGCACUAGAUAUUUUCAGAAUGGGCUCCCAGAUCUCGUCCCAGACCCGUAUGCCAUCCAGGCAGGUGCAUACAUCCAGCGGAUGCAGAUGUACUCUCUGCGCUGUGCGGCUGAGGAGAACUGUUUGGCGAGGUCAGCAAGCACAGCAAGGGACAUAGACUACAGAGUGCUGCUCCGCUUCCCCCAGAAAGUCAAGAACCAGGGCACCACUGACUUCCUUCCUGUUAAACCAAGACACCAGUGGGAAUGGCACAGCUGUCACCAACACUACCACAGUAUGGAUGCCUUCAGUAACUAUGACCUGCUAGAUGUGACAACAGGAAGGAAGGUAGCUGAGGGACACAAGGCCAGCUUCUGUCUGGAGGACACAGGUUGUGAUGCUGGAUUUAGACGCAGAUAUGCCUGUACUGCCCAUACACAGGGGCUGAGUCCAGGCUGUCAUGACACCUAUGCUGCCAAUAUUGACUGUCAGUGGAUAGACAUCACUGAUGUUCCUGCAGGAAACUACGUCCUGAAGGUCAUAGUGAAUCCCAGUUAUCAUGUUCAAGAGUCGGACUAUUCCAACAACGUGGUGCGGUGUGAUGUCACAUACACGGGUACUCAGGUUCAGACACGGAACUGUCGGGUAACCAGGGCUUAAAGCAUUCCAUGGAUUCUGAGGUAUUUUCCUCAUGUCUCUUUAAGUACUGUAAGCAGCAACAAUCUCAACCAGUUGUUGUGGCAAUAGCUGUUGUAGAUAGAUGUUUUUAUUUUUUAACAUUCCUCUGUUGAUGACAUUCCUUCGAUUCUUUAGUGUGUUAUAUGUUUGGAAAUCUGUACUAAAAGCGUUUUGUUACUAAAUACCGAGGAUUAUGACAUGACAUUGUGUAUUUUUAUUGAUAUAACAAAUCCAUUGAAGAAGAGGGAUAUUUUUGUAUUAUUUAGCAUGAUCUUGGAAAAUGGAAUGGAAAAAGUGACUGUGCUUGAAUUAGACAUUAUGCUUGAAUAAUAUUAUUUGAAUGCUUUGAUGUUUGAUCUGCAUUUGUAGUAUAGUUAGAUGCAGUUGAGUACGUCUUUAAAACCACUUCGUGGCCAUAAUUAAUAAGUUGCAAACGCCUGGUCUCUAUGUGCUAAGUAUCAAUGUAAUAAUAGAUUUUCUUUUACUUUGUAAGUAUGUAUGCAUGUGUGAGCGAAUGUAAUUUUAUUUUAUUUUAUUUUACAUUGUAAUGUAAAAUUGUUUAUAUGCCGCUCAAACCUACAUUUUACAAUUGGUGUUGUUUUUGUUGAGGGUGAUGUUCUAGAUACAAUAAGCAUGGUGAAGAGUGGGUGUAUUAAAAAUAAAUUCACCUCUG